AUGGCUAUUUCCAAAAAGGCGUUAAUUGAGCAAAUAUGCGCGAAAACGUUCAAGUCCAGCCUUACAUGCUCCAUUUUUGGUUUUACGUUCCUUUUCAUUUUUUAUUUGCUUGAUUGGUCUCGAAUUGCUAGGUUUCCUCCGCAAAAGUCACUCCAGGGACUAAAUGUUGAGCGUGCUUGGGACGACCUGAAAUUCAUCUCGCUACUCCCUCAUCCCUACAAUUCAAAGCAAAAUGAGGUGGUUCGUGAUUAUAUACUGGAUGAGUUGAGAUUACUAGAAGAAAAAAAUCAGUCGCACGUAACUGUCGUCAACGACCUCUAUACAAACAUAACAUUUGAGUUAGAAGAUAAAGCCAGUCUGAUUUAUUUCGAGGGGAAUAACAUCCUGGUACAUUUUCAAGGAAAGGAACGGCAAGCACUUCCUAUACUGUUAUCUUCUCAUUUCGACUCAGUUUCUACCGGUAAAGGUACCACUGACGAUGGCAUAGGUGUUGCUACUACGUUGGAGUUGUGCAGAUACUAUGCAAAGUAUCAACCAGAGCGAGACUUAAUUGUAAACAUCAAUAAUGCUGAAGAGGACUUUUUAUACGGAGCUCGGGCUUUUGCUGCUCAUGAGCUUUCUAAAAAUGUAACAGCUUUUGUUAAUCUGGAAGGAGCAGGGUCUGGGGGGAAAGCAAUGCUGUUCCGAUCUACUAAUCACUACGUUACUAAGUCUUAUUUUCGGAAGAACAAGUACCCUUUAGCCUCAAUCUUAGGUUCAGACUUUUUCAAGCGUAAGAUAAUUCGCAGUGAAACAGAUUAUGUUAUAUAUGAGAAUAUGCACAAUGGGACCGCUGGCCUUGACAUUGCUUUUUAUGAGAAUCGCAAUAUCUAUCAUACUGCUAAAGACGAUAUAUCCCAUAUCAUGCCAAGGUCUUUGAGACAUAUGAUGUAUACAGCAUUUCAUUCUGUAAAUAAUUUGCUUCACGAAUCCAAGAAAGAUUUGACGAGAUUUUCAAAACCGACAUUUUUCUUGUUAUUUGGAAAGUACUGGCAAUUUAAAUAUCCCCUAUAUCAAAUGAUAAAUAUCACCUUAGUCGUCGUUUGUCCGAUUCUUUUACUUUCAAUUUUGCUUCGGUUUCCUUCGUUAUAUGCUCAAUUAAAGAAAAUUAGAUAUACAGCAUGCUUUAUCUUAUCUUGUGUUUUCGUUUUUGUUUUCGACACUGGAACUGUACUUUUUUUAAGUUGGUAUAAUCCGUACCUCAUUAAUGCUCACAGUGGGCUCGUUUCUGCCCUGUUUUAUUUAACAAAUCUGAUUGCUCUUGCUUUCUCGUUUCGCACUGCCGCUACACAUAGCAAACUUUCAUCCGAAGACUUGAGCUGCAUCGAAAUUGUCCUUAUUUGGUAUGUUCAAAUGCUAUGGUAUGUAGUAUUUCUUAUCUCUGUUAUCUUUUCCGUUUACUUUGAAUUGAGUUCUACAUAUUGGGUGACGCUUUCGUAUCUAAGUACUUUUUUCUGCUGUAUAUUGACUCUAGUUCGAAUCCGUUAUUUUGUUGAUAACGUUGAAGAUAUAGAUUUCACUCACGAAGAACGAUCACUUCUUGGUGCUCCUUCUUCAAAUCACUCCCAGUAUGGGGCUGUCCCUCAGCAAUCUCUGUUUCAUAGACAGUCAAAUUUAUCGGUCAAAAAAGCGCAUGCGAAGCUUAAAGAUAAUAUCUGGACUGUCCUUUAUUUCAUCUUCAUUGUACCCCUUCCCUUAUUUUUGUGUUACGACAUUUUAACAGAAGUAGUUUUACCAGCAGGAAGUCAAACUCUGACUGACGCUCCAUUCUCUAACAGGCUGUAUAAAUUAACAAUAAUAAUAGCCUUCUUUUCAAUGGUGAAUAGUGGACCGUUUAUUUUCCGUGCAUUGUCCAAAAAGUCGACAGCAGUUUUGACGAUGCUUUGGAUAACUCUCAUUGUUCAAGCAUUAUUCUUAAGUCCUUUCGACGAAACUCAUCCAUUAAAGCUGGCAACUUUUCAAACGUAUGAUCUGAAUAAUGGUAACCAUACAUUUUACGUUAAGAACAUUGCUCCUUUCACUGAUAAGGUUUUGAAAUUAAAUCCAUACUAUACAGCAAAUGGUGGCCAAUGUAAUGAUACCUAUUGUUCUUUUGAAUCUGUUAAGCCAUAUUUUGAAGCAGAGAAUCCUAUUGUCUACGAUAUUAGUCAAGGAAAGCAUCAAGUGGAUCUCACAAUCCUUGCUGAAAGUAAAUGGUGUCUAAUCAAUUUUAACGACUCGGUGUUUGUUGAAGAUUUAAAUGAAAAUCGUGUCAAUAAGUUAUAUUCUUCUAUCCGUAUGGGUCAAAGAGAUUUUCUAAAGCCUUACACUCUUAAUCUUACUAUCACUGAACCAACAUCUACUGAGAUUACAUGCUUUUAUGAUGAUAUUAAUGAUGGUACCAUUCCCGCUUACGAAAAUUUCCUCCAGCAUUUGCCUGCUUGGUCAGUAGGAACGAAAGCAAGCACUGGUUUGUUGAAAGUGUCUACGUCGUUUACAAUGUCAUAA